ACGGUAAAUUCUCGGCAACCUAAACCGGGAAGUACUACUACUACCGAUCAUAUUGCCUCUUAAUUCGCCAUGGAAAACCUAUUCUCUUACCUUGCUUUCUUCUUCUUCUUCAUUAUUCUUAUCAUCAAACUUCUAUACCAGUACCCCAACCCUAAUUUACCUCCAAGUCCUUUUUCUCUCCCAAUAAUUGGCCACUUCCACCUCCUUAAACAACCUGUAUACCAAAGCCUAGAGACCCUAUCCUUGAAAUAUGGUCCUCUUUUAUUUCUUAAAUUCGGUUCUCGGCCUGUUCUCGUCGUAUCUUCUCCUUCGGCAGUAGAAGAAUGCUUUACCAAGAACGACAUCAUAUUUGCAAAUCGUCCCCGCACCAUGGCUGGUGAUAUUUUGACUUACAACUCAACUGCUCCAGCUUGGGCUCCAUAUGGCCACUUGUGGAGGAACCUGCGACGCAUCGUCAACAUCCAGAUCUUUUCUAAGAAAAGCCUCCAAAACUUUUCCAUCAUGUGGGAAGAAGAAGUUCACUCACUUCUUCGCCUGGUGUUCAAAGUCUCAGAAAGAGAUUCACAAAAAAAAGUCGAGUUUAGGUAUUUUUCUUCACUUCUGAUGUUCAAUGUUAUGAUGAGAAUGGUCACUGGAGACCCAUGUGUUGGAGAGGAGGCUGCAAGCACUGAUCUGGGAAAGCAACAACUCAAAGAUAUGAAGGGCAUUCUUUUUGCAUUUUUGUCAAUGAAUAUAUGUGAUUACUUUCCAAUUUUGAGGUGGGUUGGUUACAAAGGAUUGGAGAAGAACAUGUUAAGGUUGGGAUUGAGGAGGGAUAGAUUUUUGAGUAUCUUGAUUGAACAUAUUAAGCAAAUGAAGACAGCCGAGAAGAGGACUCUGAUUAGGACGCUAUUGUCUCUUCAAGAAUCAGAAAGUGAAUUUUAUUCCGAUGAUGUCGUCAAAAGCAUCGUUCUAAUGAUGUUCGCCGCGGGAACAGAUACAACAGCAACAACCAUGGAAUGGGCAAUGUCACUUCUGCUAAAUCAUCCAGAGGUCUUGCAGAAGGUUAAAGCGGAGAUUGACAACCAAGUUGGCCACAAGCGCUUGCUAAAUGACUCUGAUCUUGUCAAGCUUCCCUAUCUUCGUUCAGUCGUCAACGAGACACUUAGACUCUAUCCUCCAACACCACUUUUAUUACCUCAUUGUUCCGCAGAAGAUUGCACUGUUGGGGGUUAUACGAUUCCAGAAGGGACAACGCUGCUGGUGAAUGCGUGGGCUGUGCAUCGGGAUCCCAGGAACUGGGAGGAGCCCAACAGCUUUAAGCCAGAGAGAUUUGAAGGAUUCAACGGAGAAAGAGAGGGUUUCAGAUUCAUCCCAUUUGGUAUUGGGAGGAGGGCAUGCCCUGGUGCUGGCAUGGGCCACCGGAUAGUUUCAUUGGGCCUUGGUGCACUCAUUCAGUGCUUUGACUGGGAAAGGCUUGACAAGGAGAUGGUGGACAUGAGCCCAGCUUCGGGAUUUCUUCUGUCAAAGGCUAAGCCCUUGGAAGCUCUUCGUAGUCCCCGCCACUCCUUGGAAAACCUUCUCUCUCAGCUUUGAAGAUAACUUUUGCGUGUAAUCAGUUGUGUUAAACUAUUUAGCUUUUGUCUUGAGUUCCUAUUUUACAACCUCUCAACUUAAAUAAAAAAAAGAACCUUAGACUUGUCUUUAAUGAUGGCAAACCAUAUGAUAGAGAGUAAAAGUACGUGGAAUGGUGACAGUUUUUAUUA